AUGCUGAUCCAGGUGUGCCUGUAUUUUUACUGUAAAUUUUUGUGGCGUUGUCUGAAAUUUGUAAUGAGAAAGCUGACUGGAAGAUGUGAACUGCAACGGAUCUGUUAUAAUACCAAGCCUGGAGCUUCUAGAACUAUGAAAAUCGAAACAUCACUGAGGGAUUCAAAAAGUAAGCUACUGCAGACUUCAGUGAGUGUUCAUCCUGAUGCUAUUGAAAAAACUAUAGAAGACAUUAUGGAACUGAAAAAAAUUAACCCUGACAUAAAUCCACAGUUGGGAAUCUCUCUUCAAGCUUGCCUUCUGCAAAUUGUUGGGUACAGAAACCUUAUUGCAGAUGUGGAAAAACUGCGCAGAGAACCCUAUGACUCUGAUAAUCCCCAACAUGAAGAAAUGCUUUUGAAGUUAUGGAAAUUCUUGAAGCCCAAUACUCCGCUGGAAUCCCGGAUUUCUAAGCAGUGGUGUGAAAUUGGUUUCCAAGGUGAUGAUCCUAAAACAGAUUUUCGAGGAAUGGGACUUUUGGGACUGUACAAUUUGCAGUAUUUUGCAGAAAGGGAUGUUGCAGCAGCUCAGCAGGUCCUAUCUGAUUCUCUUCAUCCAAAAUGCAGGGAUAUCACUAAAGAGGAAAUAAGCAAAUUCAGCAAAGCAGAAUGGGAGAAGAAAAGGAUGGAUAAAGCAAUUGGGUACUCGUUUGCAAUUGUGGGCAUCAAUAUAACUGAUCUGACAUAUAAUCUACUGGUGAGUGGAGCUCUAAAAACUCAUUUCUACAACAUCGCUCCAGAAGCUCCAACGUUAUCUCACUUCCAGCAAACAUUCUGCUAUUUGAUGCACGAGUUUCAUAAGUUUUGGAUUGAAGAGGACCCCAUGGACAUAAUGGAAUUUAAUCGUGUGCGGGAGAAAUUCCGCAAGAGGAUCAUAAAACAGCUCCAGAAUCCAGACAUGGCAUUGUGCCCACACUUUGCUGCCUCGGAAGGUUUAAUCAACAUAUAG